UGUUACAUAGUGUCUGUAAGAGAGAGAGAGAGAGAGAGAGAGAGAGAGAGAUGGAGAUAAGUCCUUAUUAUGAGAAAAAUACAGUGAAGAAGGGAUCUUGGACUCUAGAAGAGGAUAGAAAGUUAACAGCGUAUGUGACUAAGUACGGCUGUUGGAAUUGGCGUCAAAUUCCCAAGUAUGCAGGAUUAGCUAGGUGCGGAAAAAGUUGCAGACUUCGAUGGAUGAAUUAUCUGAGGCCAAAUAUCAAAAGAGGCAACUACAGCAUUGAAGAAGACGAGAUGAUCAUUGAACUACACAAAUUACUUGGGAAUAAAUGGUCAGCCAUUGCAGCCAACUUACCAGGAAGAACAGACAAUGAUAUAAAAAACCAUUGGCACACCUCCCUCAAGAAACGCUCAAAAGAAGUUUUCAUCCCUGACGAACCACUAACCAGGACGAGAAGUUCGAAAAAAGAUCAAAAUAUAUCAUCAAACGUUGAAAAUGAUGACAUUUCGAAAAGUAGCUCCCUCAAGAAAUGCUCAAAAGAAAUUUCCAUCCCUGACAAACCACUCCCUGGAAGCAGCAGGACGAGAAGUUGGGAAAAAGAUCAAAAUUUAUCAUCAGUCCUUGAAAAUGUUGACAUUUUGAAAAGUUCAAAAAAUCCACCCCAGCCAGCAUCGAGUCAGUUUUCCACUUCCACUAUGGAAACAGAUGCUACCAACCGCACAAAUGUAGCAGCAGAGUUUGCAGAAUUAAAUGCUGAAGAUGGUGGAAACUUUUGGACUCAGCCAUUUUUGCUAGAGGGAAGUACUAACGAUAUUCAUGGACCAUUGGUGGAAUCUGAGCUUCAGUGUUCAUAUUUUGCUUCCCACGGUGGAGAAUUUGUAUACUCUACUGGGGUUGAUCUAUUUACUUGGUGAAAAUUACAGAAAGAUCUAUUUGUUGGAUAAUUUAAUACUUUAAAUUA